CUCUCUCGCUCUUCUCUUCUAGGGUUUGUAGAUUUUGUGAACAAUGUGUGGGAUUCUAGCAGUGUUGGAUUGCUCUGAUGCUUCAGAUGUGAAAAGAGCUCAGGUUCUUGAGCAUUCUCACAGGUUGGAGCAUAGAGGGCCGGAUUGGAGUGGAUUGUAUCAGAAUGGAGGUUGUUUUCUUGCUCAUCAGCGAUUGGCGAUUGUAGAUCCGGCUUUUGGCGAUCAACCGUUGUAUAGUGAAGAUAAGGCCAUUGUUGUGACGGUGAAUGGAGAGAUCUACAAUCAUGAAGAACUAAAGAAAGGAUUACCUACUCACAACUUCCGAACUGGAAGUGACUGUGAAGUAAUUGUCCAUCUGUACGAAGAAUACGGAGAAAACUUUGUGAACAUGUUGGAUGGGGUCUUCUCUUUUGUACUUCUGGACACUAGAGACAAUAGUUACAUUGCUGCUAGAGAUGCAAUUGGUGUCACUCCCCUCUACAUAGGAUGGGGACGUGAUGGCUCUGUUUGGUUUUCAUCUGAAAUUAAAGGAUUGAAUGAUCAGUGUGCAAAUUUUAAGGCUUUUCCUCCUGGUGCAUUAUACUCCAGCAGAGAAAAUAAUUUUAAGAGAUGGUACAGCCCGCCUUGGUAUUCAGGGUUCAUACCUUCUGUUCCAUUUGAUCCUAUUGUCUUGAGAAAGGCUUUUGAAAAUGCUGUGAUUAAGAGGCUCAUGACCGAUGUGCGAUUUGGAGUUCUCCUAUCGGGUGGUCUGGAUUCAUCGCUUGUUGCUGCAGUAACUGCACGUCACCUCUCAGAACCUAAAGCUGGAAAGCUACGGGGAACUGAACUCCAUUCCUUUUCUGUUGGCUUUGAGGAUUCCCCUGAUUUGAAGGCUGCUGAGGAGGUUGCCACUUAUCUUGGAACUGUCCAUCAUGACUUCCACUUCACUGUCCAGGACGGUAUUGAUGCGCUUGAGGAUGUAAUCUACCACAUCGAAACAUAUGAUGUUACAACAAUCAGAGCAAGCAUUCCAAUGUUCCUCAUGUCUAGGAAAAUCAAGUCAUUAGGGGUGAAGAUGGUCCUCUCCGGUGAAGGUUCCGAUGAGAUUUUUGGCGGGUAUCUGUAUUUCCACAGAGCUCCUAACAAAGAAGAGUUUCAGCGAGAACUUUGUGACAAAAUAAAGGCACUUCAUCAAUAUGAUUGUUUAAGAGCAAACAAGGCCACUGCCGCUUGGGGGUUGGAAGUUCGUGUGCCUUUUUUAGACAAAGCGUUCCUCAAUGUAGCAAUGAACAUUGACCCCGAAGCGAAGAUGAUUAAAUGUGAUCUCGGCCGCAUAGAAAAAUGGGUCUUAAGAUCAGCUUUUGACGAUGAGGAGAACCCUUAUUUACCUGAGCACAUUCUUUACAGACAAAAGGAACAAUUCAGUGAUGGUGUUGGUUACAGUUGGAUUCAUGGUCUCCAAGAUCAUGCAGCAAAACAUGUAACUGCUACAAUGAUGAAGAAUGUUUCUAGCAUCUACCCACACAACACACCUACCACCAAAGAAGCUUACUACUACAGAAUGGUUUUUGAGAGGUUCUUCCCUCAGCAUUCUGCAAUAUUGACAGUGCCAGGAGGUCCAAGUGUGGCGUGCAGCACACCGAGGGCAGCAAAAUGGGACCCGAAAUGGUCGGACAAUCUUGAUCCCUCUGGCCGGGCAGCUCUUGGUGUUCAUGUGUCGGCCUAUGAAUCUCCGAACCCGACUUCUCUAGUUGCUGACCAAGACCAAGACUCAGCUAACUCCAUCACCAGCGAGAAAAAGAAGGAUUGUUCAUGCUGUUGCUCCACAUCUCACAGUUAGUGUGCUUGAAGGCUGAAGCCUUGCUUUUGAAGUCUUGUUGUAUAAUUUUUGAAUGUUAGUCUGUCUGUUUUACAAAGAUUGUUGUAUAAUACUUGAAUGUUAGUCUGUCUCUUUUACAAAGAUUGUUGUAUAAUACUUGAAUGUUACUCGUCAUCAUGGCAACAAGA